AUGGCGGCACCAGGACCCCGUGCCUUGCAGGCUGUGCUCUGUAGCUGCUGCUGCUGCCUCCUGCUGUGCACUCAGCUCUCUGUGGCUGGUAAAGGAGCACUAGGCUUUGGGCGGGGUGCCCUGCUCCACCUGAACAUCUGGCCAGCUGUCCAAAGGGGCUGCAGAGAGCUGGAGCUCUGUGAGCGUUGUGUGGAGGGGGACAGAGCACACAACGUCUCAGGCUGCGUGUGGGAGAAAUGCCACCCCGAGGAGCCAGGACACUGUGUGGCCCAAGCUGAAGUGGUCAAGGAAGGCUGCUCUGUCUACAACCACUCAGAGGUGUGUCCAGCUGCCCACCAUCACCCCACCUAUCAACCGAAGACAAUCACAACAGGAAGCCCCCUGGUCCCUGAAGGCCCUAGCCCUGGCUUUGAUGGAGCCAGCUUCAUUGGGGGUGUCGUGCUGGUGCUGAGCCUGCAGGCAGUGGCCUUCUUUGUGUUGCGCUUCCUCAAGGCCAAGGACAGCACCUACCAGACACUGUGA